AUGCCUCCCACAACCAGAUCCCAGACGCACCGGCAGUCUCUCAGCGACGUCACCUCCGACUACGACGACGACAUUGACAACUCCAGCUCCGAGCCCGAAUCGGACUCGGACUCCUCCCUUAUCGACGAUGAAGACCCCUCCAUCAUCCGCUCUCCCUCCAAGCUUAUCUACUGUGUCGACAAGCUCUCCAGCGACGCCCGAAUGCGCGUCCGCGAAGCCUUCAGGGACCCUCCCCGUCUCUCUCUGCAGUAUUGUCGUCUCCGGGAUGAUGUCUACGCCUUCCAGAUGACGGAGCUCGUACCCCGCUCGAUCCGCAUCGGGUCCCCUGAUAGCCCCUUCGCGACGCCCCGUUGCUCCUGCCGCGAACAGCAGCAGAAGAACGGGCCUCCCUGCAAACAUCUCCUCUGGCUUCUUGACCAGCUCGUCAAGCAGACGCUGUACGACCAUGACCCGACCUCCCCGCUCACCAUGACCUUGGACGGCUACCCGGAGGAGAUUGGUGACCCCUUCACCGACAUCUCGGCCUUCCAUCUGGGCAUCCUGGGGGACAGCCUCCGCUGUGACGUCGUCGUCCCGGACUCGGAGGAGGGCUCGGAAGAUUCGGACGUAGACGAGGAGAGUUCUUCCAUCAACCCGCACCGCGUCCUUGAGGCCCGCGAGAUGCUCGCUGCCGUCGCCGCCUCGCCCCCGGAGACCCACCGCCCAGACCUCUUCUGCGACCCCCCCAACAGAGGCAAGAAGCUCGUGAAGCGCCGCGACAUCGAGGGCACAGUCUUCCGCAUGCUACUCGACAACAACGACUUCUUCCACUACUUUCUUGCCCAGAUGCGCUCCACCGAUCCCGUAAAUGACCCCUUCCGCAAGCUGUCCCAGCGCGUCGACCGCGUUCUGCAAGAGCUAGACGCCUGCUCUCUGUCCCAGACUACUCCAACCUCGGGAGAUUCGGCAGAGGACCCCCCCGACGUGGCCUGGGCAGCCCGCCACAUCACCGGCGUCGUAGGCCUCAUCCGCACCGCAAUCUUCGAGCGCGACCGGCCCCUAGAGCCUCGGGAACGCACGAGCGCCGCCCGCGCCUUGGUCCAUAUCCUUGCCGUCGUCGUCGAGCGCAACCAUGAGCUCGGACCUUCUCGGACGACAACGACAACGACAACGACAACGACGACGACGAUGACGACGAUGACAUCCCGCCGAGAACGAAACCUUUACCUCCGCCUCGUGGGCGACCGCGACGAGGACUUCGUCCUCGGCAUCCUCAACCUCCUGCCCCCUGACGCGGCGGCCCAGUUCUUGCACAGGCUCGAGGACAUUCUGGACCGGCUAGGCGUCCACGGCGCGCCGGCAUCCUACGUCGAAAGGUUCCGAUCCCUCAUCUCUCGGCUGAGGAGGGCCGGCGGCGGCGCCCCGCCAUCGGCUGGCGCAGGCUCGAAACGUCAAGGUCAGAGUCAGGGCCACGACCGGGGCUCCAAGAGAAUGAAGUGA